UUUUUUCUUUCGCAUAAAGUUUCGCGCGCUUUUCGAUUCAAAGAAUUGAAUUUAAAUAUUAGUGUGUCCCUAGAUGGCAGAAGCGUAUACGAUUUUUAAAUCAAUUUAUGUGAUUUUAGCGCGAAAUUACGAUAAAAAAAGUUAUUCUUUGUCGUAGAGGAAAAAUGUAGAUAUUGUUACUUUACGAAAGAGUAACGAUGAGAGCGAAAUACUUCAUAUGUGAUGACGAGGAAAUCGAGGACCUGAAUCUAAAUAAAUCGAUCAGUAAAUAGAUCUAGCAUUCUUCCUACUGUUUUACGAUUGGAUAAUGAGGGGAGCAGGGGACGAGAGGAUGAGGGGAGAAGAGGCCGUGUAUUUGUGGCGUUCAAGUCGGUAGCUACGAUUGCCUUCUGGCAAACAUUAUCGUGACACCGUUUUGUGCGUGUUGAAGACUUAGUGGAGUUCGUCGAUCGGUGCUACCACGGUAUCGACCGGUUCGGUUGAUGACCGCGCGCUUCUGAUCCAUGAAUUCAGUGAUAUAAUUUUUCUCGGUGUGCAAUUUCCUGUGCAUCGUGAUAUAACAAUUCUGUGAUUAUUCUUCGCGCAACAUACUGAUGUAGAACAGUAUGGCUAUCAGCAUAAAAUUCACAAAAUUCGAUAACACACCAUGGGGAUUUCGAUUGGCGGGUGGAAGCGAUUUUCCACAACCAUUGACUGUCAUCAGAGUCACAGAGGGAAGUUUGGCGGAAUGUAUGGGUUUAAAAGUCGGCGACGUGGUGGUAAGAUUAAACGAUCAACCCAUUAGUUCUUUAACCCACGGACAGGCGCACGAGGAAUUAAUGCGAGCGGGAAAUAAUUUUGUUCUUGGUGUGCUGAGACAAGAAGAUUUUGUCAAGGCUGCGGAGGCGCUGUCCGAGGAGAACAUCGUCCCUUAUAAGAUCCCUCUCGCAGAUUUGCCACCAGUUUUCCCGGAGCAAAUCUUGAAGGAGGAGACGGUGAUCGAACGUCACGAGUAUGAGAUAAAGACGUGCGAGGAGGAAGAGGGAUCGAAGCAAGAGGUGGAGCCCCUUCCGGACAAGCCGAAAGACGCGAACAGCGAGAUCGUGCCGAAUCAAAAUCUCACGGACGACGAGAUCGCGCAAUUGAUCCUCGAGGAAGAGGAACUUUUGGACGAUAAAGGCGUUUUGGGGGUGAACUUUAAGAAACUGAGGCCACGGGUCACGGUUCUGAAGCAAUCGAAGGUUAUAGAAGAGCUUCAGAACAUAGCCACAGCCGAGCCACCGUUGGUCGAACAGUUGAGACGUACCUCGGUGUUCCUUCAGAAACCGCAGCGGCCGAUACCGACACCCCGCAAGAAGCAGGAGGAGGGGGAGCAAGAGGCGGAGUCGUACAAAGUUGUGAUAAAGAAGCAGAAAAGGAGAAGCGUGACCGACCGGCUGCUAGAGAGGGGCUUGCUGAAACCGGAGGGCGCGAGCACCCCGGAGCCCUUCACUCCCGAGGCGACACCAUCGGCCACUCCUGAGCCGGGCUACAGAUCGGAUCGGGAACCUGAAUCGCGACCAGAAUCGAAGGCCGAAUCGAAGCGUUCGGAGGAGGAGGGCGAGGCCGAGCGCGGGCAAGCGGUGGGGGAGACGGGCGACGGCGCCGGGGAGAAGGUUGAGGAGGAGGAGGUUCGCGAGGAAGGGGCCAAGGGGCGGGAGGAGGAGAGGACGAGGGAGCACGAGAACGUUUUGAACGAGAUCGAGAAGGAGAUGGCGGACGUCGCCGCGAAGGUCGAUAAGGAGAGGAUCAAGGAGUUGGUCACGACGGAGAUCAAUCUGGAGAAGCAACUGGAGAACGUUCAACGCCAGUUGUUGUCGUUGAAACAACUUCCGAGCGAGAUCGAGAAUCACCUGAGAAUCGUGUCCGAGCAACUGCAGAAGAUCAUGGAGUUGAGCGGUGUCCAAAACGGCGCCGCCGUUAACGCUGGCAAGGGGGAGGAGGAGGGGGAGGAGGAGCGGCGAUGUUGUGUCAACCGAGUGCGUAUCUAUGCGUGCACGUCGUUCCCAUUGCGAAACAUCUCUCUCGUUCGAUCGGCUGGUUUCUCUUUCCAAAUUCUUUUCCAAUUUCCGCCGUUUCCGUUUCCGUUUCGCGUAGAUGAUCGCGCUCGUUCGUCGUUUCCAGAGCCGGAAGAGCGGGCGAAAGACUCGGAGGAGGGGAAAGAGUCGGAGGAAGAACGCGCGGAGGAGGCGGAGGAAACGGAGGAACAGGACGUGACGGAGUACACGGAGGAUAUCUCGUACUCUGCCUAUUCGGACGAGCAUCUGAGGAUCGUCCAGCCUAGCGAGGAUGAGGGGGAGGAAGAGACCGAGACGCAGGAGCUGGAAGGGACGCUAUCGGUGAAGAGCGAGGAGGGAAGCAGGGUGAAGAAAUUCGUCGUCUCGUACGAGACCAAGGUUCUGAAAUCGCCUAGUCCGGCACCGUCUCACGGCAGUUUCGAACCAGAUCCAAAUCUAUCGGCAAAAGAUCAAGUUAUUCAGGAGUUGCAGGAGAGAGUGAAGCAACGAGGGAGGAAACGUUCGCAAGAUCUCUGGCCCCAGGCUAAGCAAGUCGAACUUACGCUUGGCCGCAGAUGGAGGUGUCCGAAUGAUUUCUUCAAUGACGAAAUGAUUGCCGAGGUUUUAUCUUCCCAGGCGGAAGUGAUUCGAGGCAGAGCCUUGGGAGUAAACUUUAAGAAAUACGAAAAGACGAAUCUACCGAACUUUGAUCACUUAAUGAACUCGAGCGUCUAUAAAAUGAUUCAUAAAAUGGAGAAAGAGCCGAAGAGAGGAAUUCCAGCUAGGCCUGCCAAAGUGAACGCCGCGGAGGAUAUAAUCGAGAGGGUCAAAUCUCCAGCGUUCAGUAUCGCGGACGACAGAAGUACUCGGAGCGUCAGUCACUGAACAUUGCGAGGAAAGGAUAGAAUUCUUUUUUACGGGAUGACAAAGAAUAAGAAUCGACGAUAAAUGAGAAAAAUUGAAAAAAAAAGAAGAAAGAAACAAACAAACAAACAAUGCGAAUACGUGCGCUAUGCCAGAAUGUAUAAAACCACAAAACUAAUCAACUAGAAUCACAAGUACGUGUGCGUGUCGUGUCUAUACGUGUGUCUUCGAACACGAGAAAGCAAUGUCAAGAAACGUUAUACGAAUUAAGCGUUAAAUAAAAGGAUUGAUUUUUU